CAAGGCUCUGGUUCGUCAUCCACCCACCGAUCAUCGUCAAACGGAAGCCAAGCCAGUCGUCAUCUCUCUAACACACACCGAUGGCAAGAGAAGUAUCAGAAAGCUGUGUGGACAGCUUGUUAACUGAAAUCGUAUCGUCAUAUUGCACCCGGUUUUAUGCCAAUAAGCCGGAACUUGCUGCUCGGAGAAUCGAAGCUAUUGGUUAUCAGGUGGGCCACCAGCUUUGUGAAAGGUACACAAUGGAGCGGCCACGAUUUACUGAUCACCUAGAGGCGAUUAAGUUCCUCUGCAAAGAUUUCUGGUCUGAGCUUUUUAAGAAGCAGAUAGACAAUUUGAAGACUAACCAUAGAGGUACGUUUGUGUUGCAGGAUAAUAAAUUUCGCUGGCUUUCACGCGUGUCAGCAGACCCAUCAGCAGAAACUUCUAGUGCUGCUCAAGAUACAACUAGUAUGCUUCUCUACUUCCCAUGUGGAAUUAUAAGGGGAGCACUUUCAACCUUAGGAAUUCCAUGUGCUGUUUCAGCUGAUAUUUCAAAUCUUCCCGCAUGUUCGUUUGUGAUUCGGAUAAAGGUGUAGCAAUCUCACUACAACAGUUUACGGUGUACUGAGAGGUAUAAUAUAGUUGUAAUUUGAAAUCGGUGAAACUUCCCAAAUAACUGUGUUCAUAAUUCAUAAGGGAUGUCGAUUUGUGGGAAUUUACAGAAAAUAGUUCCUUCUUGUAAGCUCGGAUUCGGAAAUAUGGUCACAAAGUGGUUUUUUUUUUUUU